UUGAAAUACACUGUUAAGAAAGAUUUUCAACAUACAAAUGUGUCAUUUCCUUUCUUCUUGUGCUGUGCUGAAAUAUUAUGUGAUAAAGGUUUUAGGUUUCAAUUGUUACAAGAGGGAAGUGGAUAAAUCAGUGCUGCCGUCUUUAGGACAUAUGAAGUAUGGCACAGUGGGAUGACUUUCCUGAUCAGCAAGAGGACGCUGACAGCUGUACAGAGUCUGUGAAGUUCGAUGCUCGCUCAGUGACAGCUUUGCUUCCUCCCCAUCCUAAAAAUGGCCCAACUCUUCAAGAGAGGAUGAAGUCUUAUAAAGCUGCACUGAUCACCCUUUAUCUCAUUGUGUUUGUAGUUCUCGUGCCCAUCAUUGGCAUAGUGGCAGCUCAGCUCCUGAAAUGGGAAAUGAAGAAUUGCACAGUUGGCUCAGUUAAUGCAGAUAUAUCUCCAAGUCUGGAAGGCAAAGGAAAUGGCAGUGAAGAUGAAAUGAGAUUUCGAGAAGUUUUGAUGGAACGCAUGAGCAACAUGGAAAACAGAAUCCAGUAUCUUUCAGAUAAUGAAGCCAAUCUCCUCGAUUCUAAGAAUUUCCAAAAUUUCAGCAUAACAACUGAUCAAAGAUUUAAUGAUGUUCUUUUCCAGCUAAAUUCCUUACUUUCCUCCAUCCAGGAACAUGAGAAUAUCAUAGCUGAUAUCUCCAAGUCAUUAGUAGGUCUGAACACCACAGUACUUGAUUUGCAGUUCAAUAUUGAAACACUGAAUGGCAGAGUCCAAGAGAAUGCAUUUAAACAACAAGAGGAGAUGCGUAAAUUAGAGGAGCGUAUAUACAAUGCAUCAGCAGAAAUUAAGUCUCUAGAUGAAAAACAAGUAUAUUUGGAACAGGAAAUAAAAGGGGAAGUGAAACUGUUGAAUAAUAUCACUAAUGAUCUGAGGCUGAAGGAUUGGGAACAUUCUCAGACAUUGAAAAAUAUCACUUUACUCCAAGGUCCUCCUGGACCUCCAGGUGAAAAAGGAGAUAGAGGCCCUCCUGGACAAAAUGGUAUACCAGGCUUUCCAGGUCUAAAAGGUACUCCAGGUCUUAAAGGUGAUCGGGGGAUCUCUGGUUUACCUGGAAUUCGAGGAUUCCCAGGACCAAUGGGGAAGACCGGGAAGCCAGGACUUAAUGGACAAAAAGGCCAGAAGGGAGAAAAAGGGAGUGGAAGCAUGCAAAGACCAGGAUAACUCCCUGAUCGUAUUAGGGCAGGCCCCUUUGAAGAUCAGGUGGGUUGGGCGGGACACCCCGUGCUACCAUCUCAUUAAAAGGCCCUUCAUCUCUGGACAAGUCAUCAGCACAUCUGACUCCAGGAUUCCCUUGUGGCUCCUCCAAACGACCUUGGUUCCCACGUGGUGUCAGCUUCCGCAUGCCUUCCUCUCCUGGUCCUUUGGUGCUGUUGGGGCCUCUGCUCCCCUGCUCAUACCUGUCCGCUCUCCAGCACCUCUCCAUGACCACUGUCCCUGAGCUGGGAUGCCUCCAUGGAUUGACUUGCAGACUGCUCUCUCCUACCCUUCUCAGAGCCAGGCCAGGAUCACUCUGCUACCCACUCAUCUAGUGUCUCCCGAAUCCAUUGGCUCCCAGGAGAAAUUUCAUGGUAACAGAUUAUAUGUGAGUUCUUUACCCUCAAACAUAUCAGUCUCAGCCAGAGAUAGUGAUGCCAUAAAGGAAUCCAUUUGUUUGUUCAGCAUAUGUUUACCAUAUACCUCCUGGAGCUAGACUUAACAGCUAAUAAGAUAGCUGUUGUCUCUGGCCUUCCAGAACUGAUUGUCCCUGAAAAACAUAGACAUGGACACAAGCAGUUAUGCAUUAGAGCAGGGCUAGAUGGGGGAAGGAACUGGGCUCUGUGGGUGUUCAGAGGGGAUCAAGAGUCUUCAAUUCCUUAGAAUUUUAAAAAGGUAAAUUGACUUUGAUUUGCUUCGUUUACUUUGUCUUCUUAUUCUCCAGUUUAUGGCAUAUGUUUUUCAAGUUUUAUCAUGAAGUCAAGUGGAGCUGGGGCAGUUCCUUUAACAUUUUUUAGCCAAAAAAAAAAAAAAAAAUCAAAAUUUGUUGCCUUAAAUUACCAGGCUCUUUCAAGCAAGAAUAUUUUGAUCAUAAAAAAAUAAUGCUGAAGAAAAUGCUGAAACUAUUUUAUUCUAUAAAGCUCUUUUCACCAGCCUGCUGCAUUUAAUAUCCUUGGUAAACGCACAUGUAAAAACAAAGUUUCUAAGUGUGUUAGUUAUGUUACUCAAUAAAAACUAUAAAGAAAACCA